GAAGCGAGGAUUCCGAAGUCCGUGGAAGCUUUGGAAUGAGUACUGCAAACGGUUUAAUACGAUCACCAUCCCUUUGCUCGAUGAAGACGCCUACUUCGCCGACGCCAUUUCGGCCGCAAGGCAUGCUCGGGAUUGUGACCACCUUGAGGAGCUCCUUGCCAAAAAAUUCGAAGAGCGCCGCCGGGAGCUAGAGCUUUUGGUCUCCUAAAUCUUUAGCAAGGCUAUGUGCAGUCGGGAUGCCUUCCCAUCUCCAUAUGUUCGGAGUGCCGCUCUCAAAAUCGGCCGGACCGCCAGUCUGGACAGCUUCCUGCAAUUCGUUUGCCGUGCCGCCUUGCACUGGGAAGAAUUCGUCGGGCAGGCGCACAUCAACGCUUCCGAGCAAGAUGCCGGUCAUGGCGACGAGGACGACGACAUCGAUGUUCGACGUCAAGCUACGCCAGAUAGCUCAUGGUCCGGAGAACAAAACUACUGGGAACCUCCUCUCUGGGACGAGGUGGCUGACUGGAACGACAAUGCAACAUAUCACAACCAGAAGAUACCGAUAGUGACAGAGUGCCGCGACCCAGACAUUGAAUAACCUCAGGACCGACAGUUGCCGCCGCCACCGGCCGAGGUUAGUGACAGCGCAUCAGCAGAAGGGGGAGAAAGGGGGAAAGGAACAGAAAGAGAAAGAGAAACCGGAAUAC